AUGGCGCGGUAUUACUGCGAGUACUGCCACUCGUACUUGACGCACGACACGUUGAGUGUGCGCAAGUCACAUCUGGUCGGUAAGAACCAUCUGCGCGUGGUUGCUGACUACUACCGGAACAAACAGCUGGAGCAGGAUGGGAAGCGGAGUCGUGGGCGCAGGGGGAAGACCAAGCGAACAGCGGGUGCCACCGAGGUGAAGAUAGAACCCGGGAGUCUCCUGACGAGGCGAGAGAAGCGUGCCAAGCGCCGGGUGCCAUCGCUGUACCCGCUUGCUGGCCUGUCCUCGUUGUACCGGGGCAGUCCCGGUUACAACCGUGUAUUCAUCAGCGAGAACCGGUUCGACAUAGCGAGCGGGGUUGCCUCGAGCCAGCUCCCGCAGCGUGCCAACACUCGCACCCCUGGUGGUGUUGGGACGCAGGCCCCGCGCGACGCGGAGUUCGAUGGGCUGUUGCAGAGCACAACACCACUGGCACCGCCACUCGUGCUAUCCGCAUGGAGCAGCACUGUCCCGAAACGCAGUGUGUUCCACGGCGGCCCUCAACACCACGCACAAGCAGCCAGGGACUCCCGAAAGCGGAUCGUUGCCCACGAGCAGCGCAGUGCAAAGAGAAGGCGGUAUUAG